GCCAUGACCAUAAAUAGCAUACUGCAUGAGUGCGUGAUGUAAGGGGCUUCAGAUUGGAGACAGAGCUUCUACCUUCUACUGUAAUGCAGCACAGCUAUUGGUUAGCAUCACUACUUGGCUCGAUUCGCAUCGAUCAUAGAUAGAUAUCAACCUGCUGGCUCGAUCAUUUGGUUAGAGAUCGAUGGGGCGUUAUGUUUGGGGUGAUUGCAAGCCUACGGCCACAAUGUUGGCGGUUGUUGUUGUGUUUGCCGUGCUCAACACACUGACAAAGAUGGCUUUCAACCAAGGCAUGCACACCACUGUCCUCAUCACACUUCGCCAGCUCACGGCCUUCCUCUUCCUCGCCCCAAUUGCCUACUUCCGAGAGAGGAAGACAAGACCCAAGCUGACAGCUGAGAUCUUUGUGUAUCUCUUCUUCAGUGCAGUGCUCGGUGCCUCACUUACCCAGUGGCUAUUUUUCGUGGGGCUACAAUACACCACAGCAACAUUCGCUUGUGCCUUCAUCAACAUGACUCCCAUGUUUACUUUCAUUGUGGCGCUUCCUUUUGGGAUGGAAAAGCUAGACCCGAAGACUGGAGCUGGCAUAGCAAAGGUGAUUGGGACAACAGUAGGGUUUUCAGGAGCAAUCCUCCUUGCACUCUACCAAGGUCCAUCACUGACCAAAUCCUCUUCUUCACCAAUGGAGCUUGCAGCUGGGACGCCAACACCCCAUGGUGCACAUAGCUGGAUGAUUGGGUCCCUGGCCCUUCUGGCUGGGUCAGCAUGUUGGUCCUUUUGGUUCAUCCUCCAGUCAAGGAUUGGCAAGAAGUACCCAGCACUCUAUUCUGGGACUGCCUUCAUGUUCUUGCUCAGCUUCCUUCAGAUGGCUGCAGUGGGGCUAGCUACGGAGAAGAACUUCUCAGUGUGGAUCCUAAGAACCAAGCUUCAGAUCAUCACUGUGCUGUUUGUGGGGAUAAUGGGAUCUGGGAUAGGAUUUUUGGCCAUGUCUUGGUGCAUCGAGCAAAGAGGACCAGUCUUCACCACUGCAUUCACGCCUCUGAUCCAACUGAUAGCAGGUGGUGUCAACAUCGUUGUCCUCCACGAACAACUCCAUGUUGGAAGUGUGCUGGGCUCUGCUCUUGUGGUUACGGGGUUAUACUUCGUCCUUUGGGCAAAGACCAAGGAGGCACAUCCUACUUCUCCAUCAAAUAUUAUAUUGGACGAAAUAUCCAAGCAAGCAACACAAACUACAGAGGAGGCUGUAUAAUAAGCAGACGUAAGGAGA